AUGGCGGUGGUGUUGUUGGCUGGCUGGCUUGCUUGCUUUCUCCACGACAGUCAGGACCAACAACUGUUGGCAGAGGUGUGUGGGGCCCUCAAUGUCACCGUGUCCCCGGGGCCUGUGGUUGACUACCUGGAGGGGGAAAAUGCCACUCUUCUCUGCCAUGUCUCCCAGAAGAGACGGAAGGACAGCUUGCUGGCCGUGCGCUGGUUCUUCGCACGCCCCAACUCCCCGGAAGCCUUGAUGGUUAAGAUGACCAAGCUCCGGGUGGUGCAGUACUAUGGGAAUUACAGCCGCAGCGCCUUCCGGCAGAGGCUGUGCCUCCUUGAGGAGAGGCGCGGGGCACUCUACACACUCUCGGUUUUGACCCUCCGGCAAGCAGAUCAAGGGCAUUACGUCUGCAAAGUCCAGGAAAUUAGCAAGCACAGGAAUAAGUGGACUGCCUGGUCCAACGGCUCCUCAGCGACGGAAAUGAGAGGUAAGGGCAUAUGCGCUCUUUGGGGAGAGAUGGGGGGACAGAUCAGUGGUCCUUCCUCUAAUCGGCGAGAUAGGGGCCCCCAGAUGGCUCUGCUGGGCUAG